CUUACGUUCCAUUCGAAUUGACCCCAUGGUCGCGAGAGAGAGGAAAUUAGUUCCAAUCGGAAUAGAGGGAGAAAACGUCAAGUGGCAGAGUUCGGGGCAUGGCGAUGGUUUUGGGUAUUGUCAAUUUUUUUAAUAAGUUUUCGAGGGCGACUUUUCUCGGAGGGGGGUUUCUUAAGAGGACCAGGGGGUGCCCUAAAUGUGGAGAUCCCUGGCUUCGCCGCCUAUGGAGGAAAGCGGGGUAGAGAUCGCACCCCUCGCGAGAUUGCUCGGAGCAUCCGGAGAGGAUCGAUACUGCGUGUGCGCCCAUUCGCUCUCAAUCGCUCUCCUGCCAUUUUCCUCGCUGGACGUUUCCACGAAAACGUCCGGGAAAAUCAUUCUGGAAAAGGGUCAUUAUUCCCGGCAACGCAGUGACAGUGCCUAAUUCGGGUUUGCAACGACAGUCACCGGGUUGGUACUCGAAGGAGUUUUAACCCUGGUGAUCUGGUAAAUAAAAAUGAAAGACAGGAGAGAAACGCGGAGCCACGUGAGUGUGGUGCCUAAAUAGUAAAAAAGCACCGAUAAGGUCCCCAAGAGAAAAAGGAGGAAAAUGAUCUGAACCACCCAGAGGCGAGAAAAUUUUUCCCAAAAUGGGGACCAGAUUCGCGGCCUACACGUUAAAAUUAACGAGUCUCCAUGACUAUUACCAAAGGCUCCUUCAUGGGAGUCAACCGAUCCCUUCUGGAUUGGACAUGGCAAACACCGUCAAGUAUUUCUCACAAACUUUGCUCUCCCUGCUAAAAGACGUCCCGGGCUCACCUCUGGAGAUGAUAAAAUGCCAGGAAAUGGACGGACAGCGAAUGGCUUUGUAUCCUAGUCUGGAUUACAAGCAGUUGUACAACGCACUUGCACAGCUGAUGGACGUUGUCAACCUCGUACACGUAGGGUUACAAGCGUUCGGACAAGCCUUGUUGCAAUGCCUUGCGUGUCUGUUACCAUUCCUGGAGCAAGACUUGAUCGAUAAUGUGCCGUACUUAGCGGCAAGUGCAAUAUCCGUCCUUCCUGUGGAACUGCACCAAGAAAUCGUCAAUUAUCUCUGUUUCUACAUUUUGCCCUUCACCAUCAUAAGAAAAAUGGAGGAUGGAAGCGAGAAUUACGCGAGCCAAUCCAUUUCCGCAGUGAUCAUGAUGGUUUUCCAGUACUCCAGCAAUCCCGCUCAUCAUUGUCAGUUACUGGAAUGCCUAAUGGCACUUAAACCAGGAGUGGUGAAGGACAUUCUGUGCGUGGUGGCCUAUGGUACCGCUCCUGCUCGAGCAAGUGCUGCGAAAUUGCUCUUUUACUAUUGGCCGACGUUCAACCCGAAUUUAUUCGACCGACGAGCCGUGCUCGUUAAAUUUACAAACGACCUCACUCCGUUCGUCUGCCAAAGAGAUUCGUGCCCGAAUGCAGGAAAUGCCGAGGCCGGAAAAGUCUGUUACGAUCAUUGCGUCUCCAUAACAUUUGCCACCGAGUCUCCUCCUCCGAUAUAUCUUUGCAUCGAGUGCGCCAAUGAGAUCCACCGAGAGCAUCCGAAUCAGAUGUUCUAUGACAUUCUGCAUCCCAUGCAGCAAGUAUCCAUGGUCUGCGAGAAUAAGAAUUGCAGAGCGACCGAUAAGUCCGCGAUCAGCGUCUGCUUCUCGACGGAAUGCGCCAGCUACAACGGCAAUCAUCCGAUUAGAUAUUGUCAACAAUGCCACAACAUUCGCCACAAUAAUCGCCGCGGAGGCGAUCACGUCUAUCACAUGGCGUUGCCUCACAUUUCCCAGAUGGACGCGCAAAUGCAGACGUACAUGGUACAAGUAAUCGUCAGCCUGCUCAAGGAGGCUGAACCGCUAAGUAUGGAUAGUAACAGAGACAUCUCGGAAAUAAGUACUAAUAAGGGCAGCACAGGAUUCCCAGGAGGAGCCGGAGGCAGCGGUCCUGGGGGAGGAUGUCUCGGGGGUGGACGAUCCGGUCCCUGCGAUCCAACUACCCUGGAAGAACGACAAUUGCUGGGCCGAUAUGGGGUUUGGCUGCUGGUCGGCCUGUGCACCCCGAACGAGGAUACUCCCGUGAAAAUUCUCGGACGUUUAUUGUCAAUGCUAUUUCAUUGGUUUCAUGUCACUGCCUACUCAUUCGAUGGACAAGCCGAGAGUACCCUCGAAAAACUGAAAACCGAUUACGUUUGCGGGUGGCUGUCGGAAGUCAUGAAAACGCACUACGAAGUUUUCAUCUCCUGCCUCUUGCCACAUCCAGCAGACUACGUCAGGGUUGGAGGACAUUGGGAAACUUUAGCUUCGAGGACGUCUCAUCUGAAAGAUGGACUGAAUCGACUCUUUUGCUUGGUCCCAUACGAAGUGAUAACGACCGAUGUUUGGGAUUACGUGAUGCCUCAUUGGAUGGAGGCCAUGGUGAAUGACGUACCGGAGAACGAGCUUCACGAGUUAAAAAUCAUCUUAUGCAAAAUCUUGGACCCUGAUAUGAGCCCCUUGGGCUUCGACGCGAAGAAGAUGUACAAUUUCGUGGCGAAACGAUUCAAGAACACCAGCGCGAAAGUACAGGAGCAAGCCCUGAACUGGUUGCAAACCUUGACCAUGCUGGAGAUCAUGAUUCCCUUGAAUCAGCUGUUUUCCAUGUUUAGCGAUGGCGUGGCAAUCAUGGGAGCGACUAAUCUCGGAGACGUCGACGAUGGCGAGCAGAAGGACCGAAAUACUGCCGACUCUACCGAUGGAAGUGUAAUAUGUCCUGUGGUGGAAAACGAGUCCGGCAGGUCUACUCCUUUGUCCGACGACGUAAUUCCUACCCCUCGACAUAUGGAAUUCUCCACAAACGCGGAACUAAAUCUAUCCUGUUGUAUUUUAAUGUUGGACGUGUUGCUCAAACAGAUGGAACUGCAGGACAUGGACAAACAUACCGGGAUCAACACUUGGGUAUGUAGGGAUGCUUGUCACCUGAUGAAGUCGAUCGUCGCCGCGACCUGGAGCGGAAGUCACAUAUGCAAGGAGGACAGCGAGUGCACUUACUGCGAAUCCAGAGUAGUUUGGCAUCAGCUGUGCCUGCAAUUGAUCACUUACAUGGCUCCGGAGUACCCAGCCUAUCCACCAGAUACUAUCGUCGAUGAAACUGGAGAGGAUCACGGUCGCAAAAGUCCUCCGGAAUCUGCAAAAAAAUCCGAUGCCAAGCCGGACGUUGUCAUCAACAUGCCGGUUCCCGAUUCACAUUCAGUUGGCGGAGUUCUUGUCCACAUGCCUCAUUUUUUCGAACAGAUUAUGACAGCCACCGUAGAGACAGUUUCGGAGCAAUUGGACCUAGCCGCAAUAAUGCCCACCGAGAAAGUCAUAUCAGCAGUUGCAAGAGCCGUCACGUUAUCGGAAACUGAUGUCGCAACAGCCACGGUAAGCGUAACGAGGGCUAAUCUCAUCGGAGAGAACGACCAACUUCUGACUAUCAGCCCCGAAAACGAGCUGGACGACUUCUGGCACACUUCUGUUGGAAAAUUUAGGUUCACCAUCGAAGAUUUACCGGAACAGCUUCAGUACAUACACAAGCUUCUGAAGGAGAUCACGAAUAUCGACAAGCCGGAUAUUUUGUAUUACAUGCUGCAGUGCUUGAACAUGCUGUGCCUUUACGGUGACGCCUUUAGUGUCGCUGUGAAGGACCACCAGGGAUUUUUUAUUUGGUGCCAAGAAAAUCUGCUGAUUAAAAACCUGUGGGAAUUAUUGAACGCGGAGCAUUCUCACAUUGCCCAGGUCACCGUUCCAUUGUUAUUACACUGUAUAACGUUGCCUUGUGGUGCGGAUACUUUCUGGCGUCUUAUACAGGAGGAGUUUCAUGACUCCGAUUGGCGAGUCAGAUUCGUGGCUGUUGAACGGGUUACUUUGAUAACAAGGUUUAUGGAUUCAACUCCAUUAAGGAAUGUCCUUAGUCUACAAGCUGCGCUAGCUAAUGCGUUUUGUUACCUUAUCAGCAGUAUGGAUGACAGUAAUGUGUACGUUGCCCAGAGAGCUACUCUCUACCUUGGAACAAUUCACGAUACAGCUAUCAGGUCCCUGAUUCUAUGUUUGGAGACUCAGUUCGAUUCGGUUAUAGUGGAUAGACCGAUGAUACUGCAAUCUCUGUAUCAAUUACAUAACAGUCUCAGUGACAGACGAAUCCUCACGUGGGAGUUUUUCCUAAAUCGCUUCGAUGCGCUCUUUUUAGAGGCGCAGAUAAACCUGGAGAAAACCGGUGACAUAUCUUACCUUCGAGAUCUCAGAAACACGGAUCUGAACAGCGAAACCUUCGUCCGGAAAUUACACAGAGCGCACGAGGCCUUGUCGAAGUCCGAUGGCAGUGGAACAAGUUCCGUAAAAACCUUGAGUGCAAGUUUCGGGACAAAAUGGCCCUACAAACGCACAAUGUCAGCCCCUGCAUCGAUGAUUCCUCGACAAGACACGAAGCAAGAGAAGGAAAAGGUGUACAGCCGGCAGUAUUCCGCGCCUAUCCUCAAAAGGAAGAGCUCCAGAUUCGGACUGGGUCAGUUAUUGGGUUCCACCCCGCCUAAUAACAGUAUACAAGAUGGCCACGUGCAUUCCUUGAACAUGGUGGAGGAGGGAGCAAAUUUACCAGGAUUCGCUCAUAAAAUUGUCGACCUGGAGGAAGCUGACAAGGAGACCAUGCACUUGCUCGUUUUCCUCCUGAUGCAAUUUCUCUCGCGACAGGAUCAAGCUUUCCCCGCGGACGAAAAACCGCUUUCGAAGACUCAGGGAAUAGUCCUGCGACAUUUGUACCUUCUCCUAGGAUACAAUCAGACCGAGCGAACGUUUCACACAUCUCCCCAACGUUUGCGAAUCUCUCCGGUCUUCAACGUCUUCAUCACGAAUCUCCCUCAGCUACUCGACCAAAACCAUGUCAUGGGUUGGGUGCUGAUCCCUCCGGUAUUAGCGAUUUUACAGCAUUGUCCUUGCCCUCCUCAAGGAGUGCCUCCAACGGAUCACCAAGCCCCAACGUACAGUCUUUGGUAUCUCGAGCCCCAUAUCAGGCGUUCCUGGUUGAUGUCUCUUCUGGUUAUUUUGUACAAGUGCCAAUACGGUCAGCAACCGUGGUGCACCCAGCUGCAAGCUCUGGUGAAAAUCGUGCUGAACACUCUAGACUCCCAGCACCAUCAAUGCAAGAGAAUUCCCGCGAUGGUCGUCAUGGGCGGACCACCUUCCAGGUCUCGAGACGUAUCCCAACCAUCUCUGGGAGCGGAUCACGACCUGAUGGCGAAUGCCGUAGGCGAGAUGGAUAGCGAAAGCCCUCCCAUGCGUGGGCAAAUAAUUUGCGUCCAUCAGCGGAGUCCAGCAGCGGCUCAUGGAGGUCACACCAUGAAAACCCACUGGGAAGAAAGCACGCCGUUCUACCAGAACAAGCACUCCAGCUACUCGAUCAUUGCGGACGAUACGGAGUCUGAGCUGGCAGCAAUACCAGAGAGUCCGAAAUCCGACAGCACUCUACAUGGUAGCAGCGGAGGAUCCCUUGGAGAACUGGAAGACAGUGCUGCAGUCGUAAGAAGAAGCGCCUCCAUGGUGGCUAAGUCUUUGGUCGUCCCGGAAUUGGUCGACAAAGUCGACGUGAUCAAUCCGGUGGUGCAAAAGUCCAAGCAGGAAAAUCUUUCAGGGAGACCAACCUGGUUCCUAGGAAGCGAAGAUGACGCCCAUCAACCCAGCAACGGAGCACUGCACAAAAAGUGGAGUGUCCACGAGGGCGUAAAAAUGAUGGUGACUAGCUCGUUUCUGGGAGGCCAACACGAACCUCUUCGCAUGCCAUCAUCAGGAAAAUCCAAUAUCCAAUAUUCUGCCCCAAAUAAUGAUAUAGCAACCCAGAAGUCGUCGGGAUUGUCAGGCGCCAUUGCCGUUGCUGCCAGCAUUUCUCAGAUUCAAAGGUCCGAUACCUCGACGAAGGAAAAAACACCUCCAGCCCAAACAGAAAUCGUCGGCUCCCCUGUGGCCAAGCAAAUUGGCAGGCAGAAGCACGUGGAGUACACUCCACCUUUGGCAUCUCCAGUUUCUCCCAGUCAAGUUGUCACCGUUCUUGGUAGCGAUCACUCCAGUUCCCCUGCUGUCAGUUCCGUGUCCUCCCAAAUCACCAGCACGGAUAAUGGUCAGCAACAGCCUUGGGCGAACGUUCUCCAGCAGGCGAUAGCAACGCCCACCGUCGAAAGACUCCUGCCCAUCGGCACGGUCGUUCGAACAUCUGGACAAAGAGCCGCGCAACGGGUCAUGAAAUGCGAAGAAGUUUGCGGUUCGCCAGAAUCUCCGUUAUCCAAAAUGGACGUACUGACAGUCGGUUCUUCGUUCGAUCAGGACAGCGAGACUUGUAUGUCAAGUGACAUUACGAGUCCUAGGAGCAUUUCCCAGCUAGAAUUUCCCAUGCCGGAACGUCUGUUGCCAAUUGGUCCCCAAAGGGACGUCGUCUCCAGCCUUGUCGAAAAAGUGCGACAAGCCCUUGGAGUUACCGAACUUGAUGUUUCGGAUUCCAUGAACAUGCCAGGGGAUGAGAAAGAAGCAUUUGGUGCCAUGAAGCAGGACAGCAUCACUUCUGAAAACCUGUCCGCUUCGCUGGUGCCGGCAUCGAAUGAUGUUCACUCUAGCAGAUCAGCCAGUCCGAGACGUUUGACCAAACAAGUAGCAUUGGAAUCGCCACCCUCGACUGCCGAAGAUGAGGAUUUCUGUGCCCGAAUUGUCGAGCACGACCGAAAGUUGAAGGUGAAGGACCAAACUCGAAUUCAGAAAGACAAGUCGCGAAAAUCUGCCGGAGGUUGCCAGCAUUUGCCAGGAGGCGCCAAACGCAUGGACAGUUGGUACGGCACGCCAAUGCAGUCUGAAUUGGAUAACGUGAAGCAGCAAGCCUGCCAUGCAGAUUUCACUCUGAAACCGAGUGUCUUUAGAAUUGGCGACGAAUGCAUUUACGACAGGUGCUCCGAGUGCGGCACCACCAAAGAAGAAUAUUCCGACGAAGAGCUGGGUCUCUGCAUCAUCACGCUGGGAACUUUUAUCCACCGAGAGCCAGCUUUGGCGGCUCCUCUUCUUCCGGAGAUCCUCACAGUGGUCACGAAGGUUGCUCUGAACGCAAUGUAUCCAUGGCAGAGUGAGACCAACAUGCAUCUACCAGGAGGUGCCGUCAGUGUUGCUCAUCAGUUCCUCAGAUGCGUUCUUCACCAAUUGGCACCCAACGGGAUUUUCCUGCAGAUGUUUCAAACGCACAUAAACGAGGCAACCAGGAUGCAGUUCUUCAAAAGCGUCGCACAGGCAUUGGUAGACUUCAAUGAAUUGAAUCCCAUUGCCCCGCUGCAAUUAUUGCUGGAGACGCUGAAUGCAAAGAAGUCCCUGCCGGUAGAACGACUGCCAAUAAUUCUGCACAAUAUGGCCUGUUAUUUGGAUUGCUUGCCCCUGGAGGCAGGAUUAGGUCCUGGAGCUGCCACUUGGGGAGGACUGCUGGCCCAAGUGGAUAGUCUUUUCCGGAGACUAAUAUUACUCCUUUCGUCGAUCGAGGACGUCACGCCUCUUCUUCGCAUCAUGAUAUCGGUCCUCAAAGUUCCUGGAAUCCAGCAGUUUAAGAGCAUGUUGGACCCUUUCUCAAAAGUAUUGAGUUACGCCAUUCAAAAUUCAACGCUGAAGUACAGCUACUUGACGGAUUUAUGCUAUUUGUGCCACCGAGGGUUCACUCGUGACCGCGACAAGCAUUUUCUCAGCCGAACCAUCAUCUUCGAGUUAGUACAAGCCAUAAAAUUCAAGACCGUUGUUCCGGACUCUAAUUUCCUGCUGUUGCUGCAGUUUGUCCUACAGGACGUUGGAGGAACUAUGCCCACGAGCGUCGUUACCGAGAAUAUCCCAACAGAAGUCUCCCCGAUGUACAACACGAAUGCAUCGGAAUCUCUACGAGGGCAGAUUUCCGAUGUUCUGGACUUUCUUGCCGACUUCCAUACUUUAAGUAAAGUGAAGAGUUACAGCAAAGGCAUGCAAGCUGGCCUGAACGAGGACACGCUUGGUGGGAUAUUAAAAUGCGGUCUUGCACAAUACAUAGCCCUGGAGAUUACAAGAGGCAGCAACAGAGACAAUCGAGCCAUCUCUCGAUACCUUCCCUGGCUUUACAGCGCACCCUCCACGUUGCAACAGGGGGCUCGCGAGUACGUCGACUGCAUCGGCCAUAUACGUCUUCUGUCGUGGCUUCUCCUGGGCUCGCUCACGCACACAGCGAUGCACUCUAUUAAUAACACCCAUAUUCAUGGUCCACAAAUUCCAAUGGCCCAGCCGAUUCCUCAAGAAGUAUCUUGCCACGUGGCCGACCAUGUUCAAGUGAUUCUUUCAGGAUUCCCUGAACAAUCCAAAGCGUCCGUCCUUCACAUGUCCGCGCUGUUCCAUGCAUUCAUCCUUUGUCAGCUGUGGACCGUAUAUUUAGAGGAAUUAUCGAAGAACAACGCAUCGAACACCGAAGGCCAUAACGUCACCUUGAACAUUUUACUUGACUUCUGGGGCAAGAUCACCCCUUGCAUUCUGCAGUUGGUUUUUCACUCGAAAGUGCUUGCCGAGAAGGUGAACCUUCAUUUCUUGAGUUUACUGGAGGCCCUUUUGGAAUGUCGCUCGAUCCUCCUCACGAAACUUCUCCCCUUAUGGAGUCCUAUCCUUUUUUCUCAUCACACUCAGCUUCCGGGCCACCUGCAAAUGAGGCUCCAACAUUGUCGUAAUUUCCCACCUGGGAAAAUAAUCGAGAAUUUCGGCUCGAAUCGUAGACAGGACAGCCUGUUGCUUUUACGAUGGCUCAAUCGACUUCAGUUCAAAAUGGGUCAAAUCGAAAUGCAAUCCUCGACAGUGACGCAAUUCUACUCCAUCUAAAGCAGAGGAUCGUUGCAAGAAGAAUCUCCUGUAGA